AUGGCAAACUCAAGAAGCGAAAAGGAUGAAUUAGAAGAAGAAAAUGUGAUACUCACAUUGGUUCCAAUAAGCGAGGAGCAUAAUGAACAUCAAAUGGAACCAAGUGUUUCUUCAACCUCAGACAGCAAGCUGACAGUGCCUGGGACAAACGAUAAAGUUAAUCUUCCUCAAAUGAAUGAACAAUUCAAAGAUUGCCCAAAACCAAUCCUUCCCUUGCCGACCAAUUUGCCAUCAUUUAAUAAAGUGCGUCACGACACUUUGCAGAACUGGUGCCAACAACUGAAUUUGAGUACCGAUGGUAGGAAAAUAGAUGUUUAUCUGAGGCUUAGCGAACACGCUUAUUUUGAAAAAAAGCGAGUGAAUAGGAAGCAUGGAGACAAUGUAAAGAAUGUUGCUGAAACACCAGAGGAGGCCACAUUGCAGUCAUGUUUGGGGAAACUGACCAAGAGAUCAAGGAGUAAGAAAAGUCAUCAGAUGAGCAAAGGAGAGGAAGAGACUCAUACGGUUGAGAUGACCAGUAUAAUUGAAGUGGCCAAUACAGUUGAAGUGGCCAGUACAGUUGAAGUGGCCAAUACCGUUGAAGUGACCAAUACAGUGGAAGUGAUAACUUCAGCUCGUGAGGCCAUGCUGGCAGCGUGGUCAAGAAUUGCUGCAAGAGGCUCGCUAUCUAAGGCUGCGAAUUCAUACAGCAUUCCUAUUUCUGUUGAGAAUUUUCUGCUGCAAACAUCUGGUGUCAGGUGGUGUGUGGUCCAUGGCCGACAUCUCUUGGCAGACAAAAAGGGUUGGGUUCGCCUGCAGUUCCACGCAGGUCAGACCUGGGUGCCUGACACUCCCACGAAGAUGAUUUCUCUCUUACUUUUACCGGCCUGUACUUUCCCAUCCCCAGACCUAGAAGAUAACAUGUUAUGCCCUGACUGUGUUAAGAGGAAUAAAAAGAUGGUGGAGAAAUUAGUUAAAAUGAGGAAGAGAAAAAGUAACCUGGUUUGA